ACAGCGUGUUAGACAUCAGUUGAUCCAACUUCUUCAGUUCGAUAACAACACAGACCACUUCAACAUGUACAAGCUGGUGGUGUUGCUCUCCGUCGCGGCCAUGGCUGCCGCUAAACCCAGCCUGGUGGCGCCCGUCGCCUACAGCGCCGUGGUCCCGGCAUCCAGCUCGGUGUCGCAGUACAGCUCCAGUGUGGUGCACGGCUCCCCUGCCGUCGGUGUCAUCGCUCCCGCCGUCUACUCCGCCCCAUCUGUCUACUCUGUACCCGCUGUAUAUGGUGCUCACGCCGUAGCUCCCGUCGCCCUCGCUCAAGCUCCUCACUCCCCUGCUGUCGUCCUGGAUGCCGUCAAUGGAGUUCCCCUCGACACCCCUGAAGUAGUUGCCGCUCGCGCCGCCCACUACCAAGCCAAGGCUCUGUCUGGCUUCCAUCACCUGAAGAAGCGUUCCGUCGGUGUUGCCCCCGUUGCCUACAGCUCGGUGGUGUCUCCUUUAGGUUACUCCAGCCCCUUGGUGUCUGCCUACUCUAGCCCCGCUGUAGUCUCCGCCUACUCCGCUCCCGUUGUCUCCGGUUACUCCGCAUACUCCCCUGUGGUCUCCGCAUACUCUCACCCCCUGUCCUACUCCGCUGUAUACCCCAAGGCCCUCAGCGUCCACCCCUACUAAAUAAACCAAGUGAACCUAUCUAAAAUUGUACAAAACCAUCUUGUAAUGAAUUUAUCACUGCCGAAUUAAACGAAUUAUUAUCAUAUACUA